UACUCCUACGGCAUUUACAAGGCCUGAUGACAGGCCACCACCAAGCGCAGCCAUUGCCAAGCACAGGAAGGCUGCCAUGAGGAUCUUGAAGAGAUCCGCAUUAACCCCGGACCUAUGUAGCAGGGCGCUGCCCUGUCACGUGGAAGAGAUCCGGUCGGAGAUAGCGUGGGCAAUGACGAUAGUGCCCGACUAUCAGCUGCCGGUGCUCGGAGAGCCACCAGCUGCGGAAAAGCGCAAUAGAUCGAUGGAGGUUGCGCAAAAUAAGUCGAAAAGAGCCAGGACGCAAGGCCCCACCUUUGCUGAGGUAGCCAAAAAUCGGAUCCUCCUGGGUGUGCUCGAUGAGAACCAGGAAGACGAAUUGGCACUGAGAGCUCAUUGGAAAUGGGUUAAAGCGGAAUUGGCGAACAUCUGCGUCAGCGUGCUUCGGGAGCACCCCGGACCACCUCCGAUAUGCCGGGACGCAGGUUGGUUCCAAGGUAACGUCAAGAUCGUCGCGUGCGACGAUGAAAGGUCGGCGGGCAUGUACAAGAAGGCGAUGGCCAUGCUGGGAGAGGUCUACCCCGGAGCGAUGCUACGGGCUGUGGACUUCAAGGACAUCCCAUCCAGGCCCAGAGCAAGGGCAUGGAUACCGGCCAAACCGACCGAACCAGAGAGAGUGCUUGAGAUUAUAAGGCUCUUUAAUCCCGAGUUACCCUCUCACAAUUGGAAGGUGGUGCGGCUAGAGCACAGCACAAAGGCGACUCGUCAGGCGGUCCUUUUGCUAAAUAAGGAGUCGUUGCCACUCCUCGAAAAGACUGGGGGCGUCAUCAAUUACGGUUUCGACACCGCAAAGAUAAGGGUGUACACGAACGACGUGAACGCAGCAAGAGGCAACGAAGUUGAGCCGGAAGCAGACAACAGCGAGGAUGAGGUGGACGAGGAAUCCAACCAGGCCAAUCCGAUGGAUGACCUGGCUGGUGGAUACGCCUCAUCUACAUCCUCUCUGGGAGUCGACCAUAUCUUCCGGCAAUACACAGAAGAGGAGCUGAUGUCAGAUGACGACGAGGCGAACUCAACAGUGGUGGAGGGGGUGGGAAGGUGCGGCCAAGAUGGUUCGCGUCCUCCAGAUUAAUCUCCACCACAGCAAAGCAGCGUCGGCUGCACUGCUGCUCCAGCUCUCCAAGGGGGCAACAGACAUCGCCCUCAUCCAGGAGCCUUGGGUGAUAGGGCAUGGAAUAUGCGGGCUGAAGUCGGCAGAGCACACUUUGAUAAGUGGAGCUACCAUAGUUCAGUGACGAGGACACCACCACCAUCAGUCUGGAGGCGAACGGACGACAAAUAAGGCUUGCCUCGAUGUAUCUGGCACAUGACAGGCCUGUUCCAACCCUACCGGUCGAACAUUUAGUGGAGCGCUGGGACGGGGCCCUGAUUCUAGGAGGUGAUGCAAAUGCACACCAUAGCACAUGGGGAAGUGGAGACAUCAAUGAACGGGGUGAGUCACUCUUUGAAUUCAUACUAAAAUCUAACUUAGUUAUAAGUAAUAGGGGUAGCGAGCCUACCUUCAUAACGAAGAGCAGAAGAGAGGUCCUGGAUGUUACCCUCGUCUCAGAAGAUGCGGAGGUCAUGAUCAGGAACUGGAGGGUGCUUGAUGAGCAUUCCUUCUCUGAUCAUCGCUUCAUCCAAUUCGACUUAGACGGGGUCCCGUCCAAGGUACCUGCCAAAAGAAAUCUAAGGAAAGCCGACUGGCAUAAGUACAGAAGAGAGCUUGACAAACGGCUCUCAAGAACCACACUAGCAAUUCCAGGAAACUCUAGGGACCUAGAUAGGCUGGCAAAUCGCUUUACUGCGGCAUGUGGCAAGGCUCUGGAUCAGGCCUGCCCCAUGGUAAAGCCGAGAGGCAAAAAGAAACCACCUUGGUGGAGUACAGAGAUUGACGAGGCCCGCAAAAAUUGUCGUAGAGCCUUCAAUCUCGCAAAAUCCUCGGGAGGCGAUACGCAAUGGGAAAUCUAUAAGUUAAACUUGAAAGAUUACAAGAAACUACUAAGGAAGAGCAAGAGAUCCUCAUGGAGGAACUUUUGCAGUGGUAUGGAAUCCGUAUCAGAAGGUUCUAGGCUCAGGAAGGUUCUCUCUAGUUCACCUCGUAUCGCCCCGGGAUGCUUGCUAAGAUCCGACGGAGCGUGGACGGAAACUGGGGAGGAAUCCCUGGACCAUCUUCUGAGCACGCACUUUCCAGGCGCCACCGAGCAGCCAUUGAACGGGCCAAUAAGAAAUAGAGGUCAACCGGUUACGGUAGACCUCA